AUGAUUAAGAUUAUGGUUGAUGUUAAGGUUCAGUACCACUAUGAGCCAGACAGAGGGGGAUGGCAUCCGGUAGGGCCAGGCGGACCAGCCAAUCCGUUGACUACGGCAUGUCUGUAUGGGCAUGUAGAUGUGGUACAACUGCUGCUGGCGAACGGAGCCAAUAUCAACCCCGAAGGAUACACAGCGUUGUUUGCGGCGUGUAAGAAGUCACAUAUCGAAGUUAUUGAGCUUCUAUUGAACAAUGGUGCUGACGACUCAGUUCUCGAGAAGGUGGACAGGUCCCUCGGUUUUUAUCCAUAUCGCCGACUGCACAAUUUUUUUCCUAUAGCUCUGCAGACACUGCAAAGUGUACAGGAAAACAUACUGCAACGCGAGCAAACAAAAAGGACCAGCCAAUUGACCCGCGACGCUGAGAAAUUACCGGUACUCACUGGUUUUGGGAAGAGUGUAUCUGAGAAUGUGUUAGACAUAGAUGUGUGCUAUAAGCACGCAACAAAAGUGCGUCACACGCGGCGUGGAGUGAUCGACCUUCUUACCAACUGCUGUGCAGUGCUGAUGGAAUUGCAAAGUGCGAAACCGGCGGAGCGCUCCGCCGAGCACUUCACUGAGGCCGAGGCUAUUCUCGUGAAAUUUCAUCAGUUGCAACAACAGAUCCGCACCUCGGAAGACGUCAACGAGGACGCCAUCCGCGAGCGCAAUCGCGUGAGGUCUCAGGCUAUCGAUCUGAUUUCCAUUGCAUUGCUGCAUCGUUCGGAGAAUCCAGUUGCUCGCAUUCAGGAUCGAGCGGUGGAAGCGCUUGACACACUACGCACAUGUGCACCGUCGCAGGAUGAAGAUUCGACGGGAGCUCUUGGCUUUGAGGACAUGCGGCAGAUGUGUAUGGAUGCCUGCAGCGUCAGUGAACAGUUCACCACCGCACUUGGCCACAUGUCCGAUAUCCGCGCAGAGUGUGAUACGUCCAUUCAGCAUUUACGAGAGCAGCUUCCCUUCUCGUUUUGCGCGAGUAUGAGUAUGAGGACGCAGAACAGCUCAUGA